UUUCUCUCUCCUAAACCACUAAUAAACCCCCCACUUCCCCCUCCCUUCUCGCCCAUCCCUCUUGCAUGACUUAUCCUUCUCCUCUUCCUCCUCCUCAUCCUCCCAUGGCCGUUGAAGCACACCAUCUUCACCUCUUAGCCCCUCAACUCCUCAUGGACAGAGAACUCGUCGCCAAAUUAAUGGAUGCCCAUCAAGGAGGCCUCAUGAUGCCUAUUUCCAAAGCCGGCGUUAUUGGAAGGAAGCGAUCAAGAGAACCGUUAUCUCUACUCGCAGAGGAAAUCUCUUCUGAUUUUCAGCAACAGAUGUUCGAGCACGACCGCCUUAUCAUACAUCAUACUCAGCAGAUAACAGCAGAGCUUGCCGAGCAACGGAAGCGGUUUUCACGGCGGCUUCUAGCAGCUGUAGAAGACGAAGUGAGGAAACAGUUGAAAGCAAAGGAUGAUGAGAUUGAGACCGUAAAGAAGCUGAAUUGGGCUCUGGAAGAGCGAGUUCGAAGCCUCUGUAUUGAGAAUCAGGUGUGGCGAGAGUUAGCACAGACGAACGAAGCUACCGUUAAUCUUCUCCGCGCCAAUCUAGAGCAAGUUCUCGCCACACAAACCUGCAGUGUCAAGCAGGAAGAGCAAGAGAUAUAUAUUGAACCUGCAGAUGAUGCUGAAUCAUGUUGUUGUGGCGAUAAUGAAGGUUUGGAUAAUACGGCCAUGGAGGUUUCAAUGGCGUUGCGGGUUUGUAGGAGCUGCGGUGGGAGUGCGGCUACUGUGCUUCUUCUACCUUGCCGUCAUCUCUGUCUCUGUGCCCUUUGCAGCCCAACGGUCGACUUUUGCCCCAUUUGUAGCUGUGCUGCCAGCGGUAGUGUUAAUGUAAAUUUUUCAUGAUUUUUUUUUUUGUUAUUAGAAAGGGAAAACAGAAAAGUAGAUCAAGUGAAAAUUUUGGCAUAGUGCAAUCCAUUUUGAUCUUUCUUUUAAUUGUUUUUAUUGUUGAUGGUGUUUUUUGGAAACUGAAUUUUAGGGUUUGGAAGAUAUUA